UAGACUUUUAGAAUGCGCCAUUUUUUUGCUACGAAAAUUAAGUUUGAUUGACGUAAGAGCCUGACAAAAUUUUCGAGUGCACUUCAAGAAAACGAAAACACACAUUUUACCACCUACAUGUAACAUGUUCUCAUUGAAUUCUAUAAAUACACAAAAUCAGAUUCUAAUUAGUUUUAGUCAGUUAUCGUCUCGAUAUUCCAGUGUUUUCAAGCGGCAAAAGCAAAGUAGUGGCCGACACAAAGAUGUGAAGCAAAAGGAGAGCAGUUCAUAUUUGCGUGAUGCAACAAUUUGCAAAGAAAGUUUGGAGGAGACGUUGAGGAAUUUGGAUAAGAAUGUCCUAGAAGAGAUGCGUAGAGUGGACUUGCGGAGCGUAGCUCUGCUGACGGCGCCGCGGCAGUCCACCUCGGCCUUCGCGGCGCUCUCGGGGACGUCUUCCCGGAAAAUCUCAUACAUUUCUGAGGAUUCAUUUGAGAAAAACAAAAAUGGGUGGUCAGAGCGAUUCACUCCGACUGUGUCAGUCGAAUUUGGUGGAAGCAAGACCAGACUAACACUAACAGGCUCUGUCCUGGGCGUGCUCUCGCGGUCGGUGGCGCACUGGCGGCCGGAGGUCCAGCUGCGCGGGUUCAAAACCCAGCGCGGGGUGACCGCCGACCAGAGGCGGAACCCCAACCUGGUCAACAGACUGCGCUUGAACACAACGGAGAGCACAGAGAAGCAAGCGGUGUCCGGACCAGACGUGGCCCCGAGGCUGGAGAAGCUGCUGAACGAGGAGCACCACCUCAGCAGCCAGCAGAAGGACAAGAUCAAGAUCGCCUUCGCUGAGGGAUACUUGGCUGGUUCGCAUCCCGAGAACGCGCGCGGCACCAAGGCGUCCAAGUACCUGAAGCUGGUGCAGCAGCUGUUGACCAUCGUGCUGUUCCUGGCCAUCUUCGUCAGUCUGAUGGCGUCGGUCAGCGGCACCGUGUUCCGGAUCCAACUAGGCAACCAGGUGGAAGUCGACCCCGAGGACAUCUCCGUCACGUUCGACGACGUGAAGGGCGCGGACGAGGCCAAGCAGGAGCUGCAGGAUGUGGUGGAGUUCCUGAAGUCGCCCGAGAAGUUCUCGUCGCUGGGCGGCAAGCUGCCCAAGGGCGUGCUGCUGGUGGGCCCGCCCGGCACCGGCAAGACGCUGCUGGCGCGCGCCGUGGCGGGCGAGGCGCGCGUGCCCUUCUACCACGCGGCCGGGCCCGAGUUCGACGAGAUCCUGGUGGGCCAGGGCGCGCGCCGCGUGCGCGACCUCUUCAAGGCGGCAAAAGAACGCGCUCCGUGUGUGAUCUUCAUUGACGAGAUUGAUUCUGUCGGCGCCAAGCGGACCAACAGUGUGUUGCACCCGUACGCCAACCAGACGAUAAACCAGCUGCUGUCGGAGAUGGACGGGUUCCACCAGAACGCGGGCGUCAUCGUGCUCGGCGCCACCAACCGCCGCGACGACCUCGACGCCGCGCUGCUGCGCCCCGGCCGCUUCGACGUCGAGGUGCACGUGCCCACUCCGGACUUCGGCGGGCGGCGCGACAUCCUGCAGAUGUACCUGUCGCGGGUGGCCGCGCACCCCAGCGUGGACGCCGACGUGCUGGCGCGCGCCACCACCGGCUUCACCGGCGCCGACCUCGAGAACAUGGUCAACCAGGCGGCGCUCAAGUAAGGCGUACCAGAGUAUCUGUGGCGAGUGGACGCCGACGUGCUGGCGCGCGCCACCACCGGCUUCACCGGCGCCGACCUCGAGAACAUGGUCAACCAGGCGGCGCUCAAGUAAGGCGUACCAGAGUAUCUGUGGCGAGUGGACGCCGACGUGCUGGCGCGCGCCACCACCGGCUUCACCGGCGCCGACCUCGAGAACAUGGUCAACCAGGCGGCGCUCAAGUAAGGCGUACCAGAGUAUCUGUGGCGAGUGGACGCCGACGUGCUGGCGCGCGCCACCACCGGCUUCACCGGCGCCGACCUCGAGAACAUGGUCAACCAGGCGGCGCUCAAGUAAGGCGUACUGCGUACCGGGUACUGGGUACUGUAUACCAGGUACCAGAGUAUCUGUGGCGAGUGGACGCCGACGUGCUGGCGCGCGCCACCACCGGCUUCACCGGCGCCGACCUCGAGAACAUGGUCAACCAGGCGGCGCUCAAGUAAGGCGUACUGCGUACCGGGUACUGGGUACUGUAUACCAGGUACCAGAGUAUCUGUGGCGAGUGGACGCCGACGUGCUGGCGCGCGCCACCACCGGCUUCACCGGCGCCGACCUCGAGAACAUGGUCAACCAGGCGGCGCUCAAGUAAGGCGUACCAGAGUAUCUGUGGCGAGUGGACGCCGACGUGCUGGCGCGCGCCACCACCGGCUUCACCGGCGCCGACCUCGAGAACAUGGUCAACCAGGCGGCGCUCAAGUAAGGCGUACUGCUAUCUGUGGCGAGUGGACGCCGACGUGCUGGCGCGCGCCACCACCGGCUUCACCGGCGCCGACCUCGAGAACAUGGUCAACCAGGCGGCGCUCAAGUAAGGCGUACUGCGUACCGGGUACUGGGUACUGUAUACCAGGUACCAGAGUAUCUGUGGCGAGUGGACGCCGACGUGCUGGCGCGCGCCACCACCGGCUUCACCGGCGCCGACCUCGAGAACAUGGUCAACCAGGCGGCGCUCAAGUAAGGCGUACCAGAGUAUCUGUGGCGAGUGGACGCCGACGUGCUGGCGCGCGCCACCACCGGCUUCACCGGCGCCGACCUCGAGAACAUGGUCAACCAGGCGGCGCUCAAGUAAGGCGUACUGCGUACCGGGUACUGGGUACUGUAUACCAGGUACCAGAGUAUCUGUGGCGAGUGGACGCCGACGUGCUGGCGCGCGCCACCACCGGCUUCACCGGCGCCGACCUCGAGAACAUGGUCAACCAGGCGGCGCUCAAGUAAGGCGUACCAGAGUAUCUGUGGCGAGUGGACGCCGACGUGCUGGCGCGCGCCACCACCGGCUUCACCGGCGCCGACCUCGAGAACAUGGUCAACCAGGCGGCGCUCAAGUAAGGCGUACCAGAGUAUCUGUGGCGAGUGGACGCCGACGUGCUGGCGCGCGCCACCACCGGCUUCACCGGCGCCGACCUCGAGAACAUGGUCAACCAGGCGGCGCUCAAGUAAGGCGUACCAGAGUAUCUGUGGCGAGUGGACGCCGACGUGCUGGCGCGCGCCACCACCGGCUUCACCGGCGCCGACCUCGAGAACAUGGUCAACCAGGCGGCGCUCAAGUAAGGCGUACCAGAGUAUCUGUGGCGAGUGGACGCCGACGUGCUGGCGCGCGCCACCACCGGCUUCACCGGCGCCGACCUCGAGAACAUGGUCAACCAGGCGGCGCUCAAGGCCGCCAUCGAGGGCGCCAGCGCGGUGGGCAUGCGGCACCUGGAGCACGCGCGCGACAAGGUGCUGAUGGGCCCCGAGCGGCGCGCGCGCCUGCCCGACGAGGAGGCCAACGCCAUCACCGCCUACCACGAGGGCGGCCACGCCAUCGUCGCCUACUACACCAAGGACUCCCACCCGCUUCACAAAGUGACCAUAAUCCCGCGGGGGGCCUCUCUGGGACACACGGCGUACAUACCGGCUAAGGAAAGAUACCACGUGACGAAGCAGCAGCUGCUGGCCAUGAUGGACACCAUGAUGGGCGGCCGCGCUGCCGAGGAGCUCAUCUUCGGGAACGACAAGAUUACCUCUGGCGCGUCGUCGGACCUGCAGCAGGCGACGUCGAUCGCCAGCCACAUGGUGCGCGAGUGGGGCAUGAGCGAGCGCGUGGGGCUGCGCGCGCUCGAGCCCGCCGCGCCCGCGCCCGCGCUCGGGCCCGCCACCAGCGAGCUGGUGGACACGGAAAUUAAGAAGAUACUGAACGAGUCGUACGAGCGAGCCAAGACGAUCCUGAAGACGCACGCCAAGGAACACAAGGCGCUGGCCGAAGCCCUGCUCAAAUACGAGACGCUGGACGCCGAAGACAUCAAGGCGAUCGUGAACGGCGAGAAGCUGAAGGCGGAGCGCAGCAAGGGCAAGGAGCCCGCGCCCGCGCCCGCGCCCGCCGCCGCGCCGCACGCCGGCCUGCUGCCCGCCACCGCCUAACGCCCGCCGCCACAGUGUACUGAGAAUUUUGCAGGCCGCGACACAGCAAUAAAAAUAAGCAAAACUAACGGAGUUUUCAUUGUAGCUAGACCUGUGGGCUCUGUACCGAUAAAUUGUGAGGAAAUUAUCAUGAAUUUUUUUGAAGCUGAAUGAUUAAAUACCUAAAAAAAUAAGAAAAAAGUUCUGUUUUUCACUAGUCCUCUUGAGUGUUCUGUUUUUUAUUGUAAAAGUAGUUUUGGCGCCAAGCAAAAAGCCUUCUAAAUCCUUCUCCUUAGUGUAAUAAACGGUUUCCUGAAAACCACAUCAAAAUCAUUAAAACAGCGCCUGUUUUUCUUUAUGACAUAACACCCUCUAUUUUUUUCUACCUUGAUUUAUACGUGCAAAAUGGAGUGCAUAUAAAAGAAUGGAUUAGUUAAAAUUUAGCAAAUAUAACCCAAUAGUCGGUACAGAGCACGCGUUUGUAGAUUAUUGUUUUAAAUAAAGGUCGUUGACACUGCGACAUAAAGUUACGUUUACAUAGAAAUACUUGUCACAGUUUAAAUAACAUUGAAAAAAAUGUGAAUAGUAUCGUGCUUCUGCUGUGAAGGUGUAGUACAGGGAGUGAUCUGCUAGCAUCGUGAAUUAGUUCAAUACAUGGUGUAUUGAACUAAUUCACGAUGUGCAAAUUAUAUACCAAAAUACAAGAAAGGUCUUGAAUGCCAAUACUGAAUUUGUCACGUAAAAAUUACUCCGAUUUUUAAGAAAACAUAAAUUCAUUAUGUUUCCCUUUUUUAUGAGGUGCACGUUUUGUGGAAGAUUAUUAUUCAGUGCAAAUAGACGUUUAAGAUUUAGAGGGUUUUAAAACGGUCUGCUCACCUUGCCUCGCUAUUCAUUUAAUGGCUUUAAUUUGUUAUUGCGAUCAAAUUGCAUCAAAAAUCUCACUUUGCAACACCACUAACUUAUUUAGAAACAAUUUGUCAGUCUUUCAAGAUUGCUGGCUCCGUUUACAACGCAAGGGAUAUAGACGUGAUUAUAUGAAUGAAUGAACAAUUUGGUAAGCAACCAAAUUGCAAAGUGAGUAGAACGGUUUAGACGUGUAAACUACCGACUUUUUUGUUCUCGUUUUAUCUGAAGUUAAACUCGGGUUAUUAAAAAUUUCAUUUGUAACUCGCUUUUCGUAAGACUUGGGGUUAUUGUGACGUAAAUAUUAUGUAAAUAUGAAGUUGAAUAAAUAUAGCUAGUUA